ACACGCGAGAAACUGUUAACAGCAACGUGGUCUGACUGAAUAGAAGGAAGUCUUUGUCCUACCUUGAGCUUAGGCAUCACACCCCCGGGAAGGAGCAAAGCACCUGCGGUUAAUUGAACCACUGGGAUAUAAGGAGCUCUGAGUCCACACCAUAACACGGAUUCUCUCAAACACCUUUGUGGUUUUGCAGUAUCAGCGUCUUUGCCUUGCUUGUUCCCGUGUUCCUGGUUUCUGAUUCUCGCCCGUUCUUCCUGACUACUGACCUUCGGAUUGCCUGUAUAGUGACGUUUGUGCCUUGCAAGACCUUUGCAUGUCCCUGACUUCAUUUACGUCCAGUCCUACGAACCUUGCUGAAAGAUUGAAAACAACCCGCAGUUGGGUCCACUACCUACCUGUCUCUAGCCUGCUUGUGUCAAACAUGAUAGAAGAAUCCGCCUUCACCCUGGACCCUACAAGUGGAGUAUGCCCACAACUCCCAGACCCAUUCCUCAAAUGCACUUAUACCUUUCCAAUGUGUUCUAGGGAAUCAGCCUUCUCUAUUCCCCCUACAUCCAGAGCGGACGGAGAUCCCCGCAGUCGAUGAGUGGUAUCAGCACAGCGAGGAGACCUGGAGAGCAGUGAUGGCCAGGUUACGCUACAGCGUUCACCAAUACAAACACCAGGCUGACCGCCACCACCAUCCAGUCACCUUUCGUCCUGGCCAGUGGGUAUGGUUGUCUACCAGAAAUCUAAAACCCUACAAGGUGUCACACCUCCAGGCCCCGCGAGCGCCCGAGCCGCCUCUGCCAGUGCAAGUGGAUGGAGCUCCUGCGUAUCGAGUCAACGAACUCCUGGACUCUCUGCAAAGUUAUGGCCAGUUACAGUAUCUUGUCGACUGGGAGGGGUAUGGUCCAGAGGAACGCAGCUGGGUGCCCGCACAGGACAUUCUGGAUCCAGACCUGGUCAUGUCAUUUCAUCGAGACCGCCUGGAUCGCCCGGUGCCCCGGCCCCGAGGGCGUCCGCUUCGGCGGGCGGCAGAAGCCGCCCAUAGGGUGGAAGGUACUGUCAUGCCCCCGGGAAGGAGUGAAGCACCUGCAUUUAAUUGAACCACUGGGAUAUAAGGAGCUCUGAGUCCACACCAUAACGCGGAUUCUCUCAAACACCUUUGUGGUUUUGCAGUAUCAGCAUCUUUGCCUUGGUUGUUCCUGUGUUUCUGGUUUCUGACUCUCGCCCAUUCUCCCUGACUACUAACCUUCGGAUUGCCUGUAUUGUGUUGUUCGUGCCUUGCAAGACCUUCGCCUGUCCCUGACUUCGUUUACAUCCAAUCCUACGAACCUCACUGAAAGAUUAAAACCAACCCGCAAGUGGGGCCACUACCUACCUGUCUGUUGCCUGCUGGUGUCAAACAUGACAUUAAGGUGCCCACGAGCCGAUGAACUGCUGUAGACACACAAUGUUUUGGUGCGCGUCAUGAAGUAGGGCCUGUUUGUUAGUCAAAGUCAAGUCAAAGUGGCUUUAUUGUCAUGUCAACCAUAUACAGCUGGUACAGUAUACAGUGAAACGAAGCAACAUUCCUCCAGGACCAUGGCUCUACACAGAAACAACUCAGAGCUACCUAUACAAUAAAUAAUAAAUACAAACUUCUCU